AGUUUUUUAUUGUACAUAUAAUUUUUCAUAGUAUCCUUGCAAGCUUAGGAUACUAUCAUAAAAUAGCACAUCAAAACGUUGUUUUUCCACAUAGAGGUGACACGAAUCUAACGUAUCGUGAACACGACUCGGUAGAAUUCCUUGAUUGUACUGAACGUUAUGCCAUGGAUUCUGUAGAUGAGGACCUGUCUGCUCGAAUUCUCCUGCAAAAUGUAAUUCAAACGGAGUCCUCCAGGUCCCCAAUUACCCGCAGUGCCUCCCAGGCUCAGUUCCAGUCCCCUGGGUCCAGAGUCAGACAUAGUAUCAGACUAAGGAGGAGUGAUGUUGUGGCCCUUACCCCACAGGAGGCCCUCAAACAGAGCAUCAAAAAGAAGCUUCGUGAGAGCACUUCCAGGUCUUCCCUGCCAGAGCCACCCAGUAAGAGGUGGGCUGUAUCAGAGGGAGUCGGGAAGAUAAACACGCCUGCACCAGCCACAGCCUCACUUCUCUAUGACGAUGACAUCACACCUAGAUACCUACUCAGGGGGAUCCUGCAGACAGAGCCGGAGACAUCCCUUCUGGUUCAGGACCGGCCAGUCAGGAAGGAGCCAGAGCUGCCCUCCACAAACUCCAGUCUUCACAGCAACCGCCCAAGUACAGGGCUGUCUGACUUGGAUUUCCCUGACAUGACCACCACAGUAAACCUGUCAAAUACGGUGAAGGGACUACGCAGGAAGCGACCAUGUCGGAGUCUCAACAUAACAGCAUUCAACAGGCAGCUUGAACAUGAAGAAGGUGGCAGUGCAACAGAAAAAGACCUCUCAUCCCUGUCUUCUGCCUCUCCAAGCUCUAUCACCUUCUCUCUGAAAACACCCUUUGUGGACAUUCCGAAUGAGAAAAGGAGAUUUCAAAGGAAGGUAGCAAAUCGUAAAAAGAUUUGCCUUGAGGAGUUUGACGAGGCCCUACGGAAUCGACAGGCGGCAAUGGGUGGAGACCCUGAGCUGAGUGUUAGGGAGGAUCAGCAGGGUCUCAGUGAGACCGUUCGUUCUGAGGGGUUCACCUUGGGACUGAGUGACCUCACCGCUCCUGACAUCACCCAUGACAUCAUCACCAGCAAAACAGAGCUCUACGCCCCGCCUGAUGACACAGCAACAACCUUCACUAUCGCCACCCAGGACAAAGACACCAUCACAGGCACACAGAUCCAGCGAGAAAUGGGAGGAAUGAAGGAUGAGGAGGAGAAAGAUAUGGAGGAGGUAGGGGAACAAAAGGAGUACAAGAUGGAAAUAGACAACAAAGAUAGAGAGGAUUUGGCUGUUGAUGCUGGGCAGAGAGAGGCCUUGGUGAGACAGGAGGAGUCCAAAUCACAGACCGAAGAGGUAGCUGACUCCCGGACAGGAGAAGAUGAGGAGCUGGCUAAAUCUCAAACAGAAGGAGAGGUAGCCGAGUCUCCGGCAGAAGGAGAGGUAGCCGAGUCUCCGGCAGAAGGAGAGGUAGCCGAGUCUCCGGCAGAAGGAGAGGUAGCCGAGUCUCCGGCAGAAGGAGAGGUAGCCGAGUCUCCGGCAGAAGGAGAGGUAGCCGAGUCUCCGGCAGAAGGAGAGGUAGCCGAGUCUCCGGCAGAAGGAGAGGUAGCCGAGUCUCCGGCAGAAGGAGAGGUAGCCGAGUCUCCGGCAGAAGGAGAGGUAGCCGAGUCUCCGGCAGAAGGAGAGGUAGCCGAGUCUCCGGCAGAAGGAGAGGUAGCCGAGUCUCCGGCAGAAGGAGAGGUAGCCGAGUCUCCGGCAGAAGGAGAGGUAGCCGAGUCUCCGGCAGAAGGAGAGGUAGCCGCGUCUCCGACAGAAGGAGAGGUAGCCGCGUCUCCGACAGAAGGAGAGGUAGCCGCGUCUCCGACAGAAGGAGAGGAGGAGGAGAUGACUGAAUCUCAGACAGAAGAUGUAGCAGAUGAAGGGAGACAGGUAGUGGAAAAAGGCUUGACAUCACAGAGUUUAUUACACAACGCGAUGCACAUCAGUCGGAGAGCUUAUUGCUCAGAGGGUGGUGUCAAGGUUGCUGGAGUGAUGGAAGGAGGGAGGGGCUACAAGAGCAUGGGAGCAGAGCUCCAUCCUACAGAGACUGGGUGCGCAGGCAGAAGGUCAGAGGGGGACACUGCUGGUGAGUGGCACAGCGGGCCGGAGGUGGGAGCUAGUGAGAGCGCCCACACCCGCACAGUAACCCUUGGCAGCGCCCCUCCCUCCCCGUUGCCCCAGGAAGAUGAGCUGGAAGGUUUGAGUAGAACAGGCACCAGCCUUGGAAAUGAGGAGAUGGAGAACUCCAUGCCUCCUUUAGAGAUGACCUUUGAACCUGAGAACAAUGCCCCUCAUAGUAGCAUUUCAUCCCUGCACCCCAUCACUACCCAGAGCCCAGCUGAUCAUGAGGAGGACUGGGAUGAUGUGGAAGAGCGGGAUGGUAUCCAGAGUGAAGAGCUGUCCAUGAAGACACCUGCGUUUGUCAGAGAGAAGAGGAAUGCUCUGCCUAUUGACCCCCUGGCCACACCCACUAUUCUCAAAGACCUUCAACCAAGUGUUUCGGCUGGUGCUGCAGCUGCGGUGAAGCCCAAAGCGGUGAGGGGAAAGCGGACUGGAUCGGCCAAGAAGGAUCCUGGUCUCUCUAAGAGCUACAUCAUGAGCGUGUUCAAACACUUUGCCAAGACCAAGGUGUCUACAGAUGUCUACCCUGUCCUAAAGGAGAUAAUGGAGCUCUACUUUGACCGACUAGCUGAUGACUUGGAGAUGUUUGCUGCUCACGCCAAGAGGAAGACCAUUGAGGUAGAGGAUGUAGAGCUGCUGAUGCGGAGACAGGGGUUUGUGACUGACAGCAUGCCAGUCAAUGUGUUGAUUGAGAAAUAUCUCCCAAUGGAAUCCCGGAAGCUCCUCAUUCCUGUGGCAACAAGUGGUAACUACGUCAUUCCCAAACCGAGGAGAAAAUGACCAGCCUAUACUGAAAAUUAUUGGCUCAAAUCAUAAUGUGGGCUGAUGUUGUAUAUAUGAUUGAAUAUCUAUUAUUUGUAGACACUCAUUCAAACACAGCCAGAACAAGACAAUGUAACCUGGUGUAAAUGUGUUUUUGUUUGAAUAUGGCUUUGUCUUUUGUUUUGUUUGUUUAUAUUUGUCAAAUAUUACUGCAAUAAAAUGUAUUUG